AUGGACAUCCUUGAGACGGACGCCUACGACAGGCGUCGGAGGAGAAACAUGUCAUGUGCUCUGCUGCUCUCGCUCUCGCCGUUCUUUUUCACCUCCGCCGUGUACUUCUACACGUGGACCCCCGCCUCCCCCCCGUCCAUCCUGCUGGCAGGUGUCAAGUCGGCUCCGACGCUCCUGCUGGCGGCGGCAGUGCUGAGCUGGAAAGGAGGUCAAAGUUUAGUGGCGAUGGGACUCGUCUUCUCGGCUGUGGGCGACUUCUGCCUGGUGUGGCAGGAAUUUUUCCUGCACGGAAUGGCGGCAUUCGCCGUGGCUCAUCUGCUCUACUCGCUGACCUUUCUCUCAGCCCGUUAUCAGACAUACUCCUCUUCCUCCUGCGCUUCCCUGCUCUACCUCAUCCUGGUCCUCAGCGGAGGAGCUUUUUUCAUGUACCUCCAUCCAUUCCUGCAGAAGGAACCAAAUUCAGAUGUCCUAAUUCCCGCCGUGGGGGUCUACGUCGUCCUAAUCACGCUGAUGGGGAUAUUAGCCAUGAGAACACGCCGUGCGUUUCCACUCUUGGGGGGUCUGUUCUUCAUAGCGUCUGACAUCGCUUUGGCUCUGCAAGUGUUUAAGGUGGUCGCACCUGUGGCGCACGGGCAGACGGUUGUCAUGGUGACGUAUUAUUUAGCACAGCUACUGAUUAGUGUGGGGGAUGUGAGGACGGUGGAAAGGAAGAAUGGAUUUGGAAAACGGAAGAGGACCUAA